AUGAAAAACUUUACACCAGUGUCUGGAUUUAUUCUCCUGGGGUUCAAGGAUCACCCAGAAUUACAGUGUCUUCUUUUUGUGUUGUUUCUUCUCAUCUAUAUGAUCACCGUUGUUGGAAAUCUUGGUAUGAUUCUAUUAAUCAAGAUUGAUUCACAUCUCCAUACUCCAAUGUACUUUUUCCUCAGUAACUUGUCCCUUGUUGACUUCUGUUAUUCUUCUGUCAUUGCCCCUAAUAUGCUGAUAAAUUUCUGGGUGGAGAACCCAGUCAUUUCAUUUAAUGAAUGUGCCACUCAAUUCUUCUUUUUUGGCUCCUUUGCUGGCAUUGAGGGUUUUCUGUUGGCUGUCAUGGCCUAUGACCGUUAUGUGGCCAUCUGCAAGCCUCUGCUUUAUACAGUCCUGAUGUUCCCCCACCUCAGUGCCCUCCUGGUGUUAGCCACGUAUCUUUCAGGCUUUGUAAAUGCUUCCAUUCACACUGGCUUCACCUUCCAGCUGUCAUUCUGCUGCUCCAAUAUCAUUAACCAUUUUUAUUGUGAUAUUCCACCCCUCCUGAAACUCUCUUGUUCUGAUGCACACGUCAAUGAGGUUGUCAUUUUUGCCUUUGCCAGUUUUAAUGAAUUGAGUUGUCUCCUACUGAUUCUUGUUUCCUAUCUCUACAUCCUUGCUGCCAUCUUGAGGAUUCACUCUGCAGAAGGGAGGCACAAGGCCUUCUCCACCUGUGCUUCCCACUUGGUGGUGACCACUAUCUUCUUUGGGACAAUCCUGUUCAUGUAUCUGCAUCCCAGCUCCAGCUACUCAAUGGAUCAAGACUAA